AUGUUGUCGAAGCUCAAAAAUCUCACCGACUUCCAAUUAUCCUACAAUAAUAGGUUAUCAUUGCUCAUCUACGCCAGUACCAAUGCAACCUUCCCUAAAUUCAGGCUUUUAGGACUGAAUUCAUGCAACUUAACCCAUAUUCCUGAUUUCCUGCAGAACCAAGAUGAAUUGGAGUUGCUCUUCCUUACGAAUAACAAAAUUCAUGGUCCAAUUCCAAAGUGGCUGUGGAACAUGAGCAAAGACACCCUAGAGAUUCUGGCCCUUUCUCAAAAUCUUCUUACAGGCUUUGACCUACUUCCAGCCGUUCUUCCGUGGUCGAAGAUGCGCAUUUUAGACCUUGAUUCUAACAUGCUGCAAGGAUCACUCCCAGUCCCCCCACCGUCAACCUAUAUCUAUUUAGUCUCUGGAAAUAAACUCACAGGAGAAAUUCCACCAUUGAUCUGCAACCUGACUUCUCUUAGGUCACUUGAUUUGUCUGAUAACAACUUCAGUGGCGGGAUUCCUCAAUGCUUGACCAACCUUAGCUCUUCAUUGUUUGUACUCAAUCUCAGAGGCAACAACUUGCAUGGUGCCAUUCCUCAAAUAUGCACCAACACAAGCAGUUUGCGGAUGAUUGACUUAAGUGAGAAUCAAUUACAAGGGCAAAUACCUAGAUCACUAGCCAAUUGCAUCAUGCUCGAGGAGCUUGUUCUUGGAAACAAUAUGACCAAUGAUAAUUUCCCUUCCUGGCUGGGAUCUCUCCCGAGGUUGCAGGUUCUCAUUCUGCAAUCCAACCUAUUCCAUGGUGCAAUAGGGAGCCCCAAAACCAAAUUUGAGUUUUCCAAGCUGCACAUCAUUGACCUCUCUCACAAUCAUUUUACAGAUGUAGAAUUUAAAGCCCCACGAUAUUCAUGGGAAGGUGCUUACACUGUCUCAAUGACAAUAAUGAACAAAGGCUUGAGCAGGGAAUAUGAGAAGACCCCUGACAUCUUAACGGUCAUUGAUCUUUCAAGCAACAAAUUCUAUGGAGAGAUUCCGGAAUCCAUUGGGGAUCCCAAGGGAAUUCAAGCACUUAAUCUUUCCAAUAAUGCUCUUACAGGCCCUAUCCCCACAUCCUUAGCAAACUUGACCCUGCUGGAGGCCUUGGACCUUUCUCAGAACAAGCUAUCAAGAGAGAUACCUCAGCAGCUAGUGCAGCUCACUUUCCUUGCAUACUUCAAUGUGUCUCAUAAUCAUCUCACAGGGCCUAUACCACAAGGAAAACAAUUUGCAACAUUUCCAGAUACUUCCUUUGAUGGGAACCCGGGAUUGUGUGGAAGUCCUUUGUCAAGGGCAUGUGGAAAUUCUGAGGCGUCACCACCAGCUCCAUCAACCCCUAAACAAGGUUCAUCAAGUGAAUUUGAUUGGAAAAUUGUAUUAAUGGGAUAUGGAAGCGGACUAGUGAUUGGAAUUUCUACUGGGUAUUGCUUGACCGCAUGGAAACAUGAAUGGUUUGUGAAAACUUUUGGAAGGAGGCAACCAAAAUGGAGGAGGAAGGCAAGAAGGGGGCAUAGAGGCUGAAUUUAUCAAACCACGAUUUCCUUGAAAGGUCUCUUGAUCCAUGUAUAUUGCUUCCGUUGUUGGGUUUCAUAUUUCUUCUUUUCUUUUUCUUUUCUUACUUUGUCGUGGUGUUUUGAACUUUUGUUUUCUAUGAUAUUCCAAGUCUUUCAUUUGAA